ACCCGACAGGCAACAGGUGAUGUCCUUUGCGCUUACUAACGACGCGUUCAAAAAGGUCUUGCUAUAAAGCCGGUCUUCCGCCCUCUGCACUUGGCGAGUGACACUUUUCCAAACCAAUACGCUUACUAUUUUGAAAGUGCUUCUUGGUGUUUGCCAAAUAUUUUGGGUUUAAUGGCUCCUCCGCAUAGCACGAACGAUCCGCGUGAAAAUGACCCGCUACUCGAAGAUGACACACCCAGUACCGCGGUCGCGGUGGACAUUGACGACUCGCCGACCUGCGGAGAAGGGAGCACCAAUAAGCAGAUUGAUGUAAAAGUGGACAAGGAGGUUAAGCUCGAGUUUGGUGGAGCGACUGGCGUUACUUUCAUGAUGAUCUUCUUCCCAACAAUCAUGUACUACUUUUGGCUGUGCCUCGAAUUCAACAAUGGUGCACUGGCACACCCUGACUCAAUUAGUGACACUGGAGCAUGGUUGGGACGAAUGUGGAAGCUCCUGCGCGAUCAUGCUACGCCAAAUCUUUUCGCUGUGUCAACCUACGUUUUGUUCUGCGCUCUACAAGCCUUCCUGGCGUAUACCAUGCCCGGUCCUGUUGUGAAAGGACUGCCAGUUCCUAGCUUAGGAUUCAAGCAGUUGGAGUACCUUUGUAAUGGGGUUGCCAGUUGGUAUGUCACCCUUAUUACAAGCGCGAUUCUUCAUUUGACUGGAAUCUUUCCUUUGUCACGAAUCAUCGAUAACUUUGGUCCCAUCAUGACUGUGUCUAUUAUCGCUGGCUUCGCUGUGACGAUUGGCACAUAUGCGUAUGGCAUCUGGUCAAAGAAUACCCAUCGCAUGUCUGGCUAUUUCAUGUACGAUCUCUUCAUGGGUGCCGUCCUGAACCCCCGGAUUGGAAAGCUUGACCUCAAGAUUUGGGCGGAGAUCCGGAUUCCCUGGGUCAUUCUCUUCUACUUGUCAGUUUCAGCUGCUCUCAAGGAAUACGAGACUACAGGACAUGUCAGGGCAGAACUUUGGUUUAUGGUGCUUGCCCAUGGCCUCUACGUCAACGCUUGCAUGAAGGGGGAAGAGUGUAUCCCAACGACCUGGGAUAUCUUCUAUGAGAAGUGGGGGUUCAUGUUGAUUUUUUGGAACUUGUCUGGUGUCCCGUUCACAUAUUGCUACUCGACCCUGUAUCUCGUCAAGACCGAGACGGGUCGAGCACUUUCUCAUUCUGUUCCAUUCCUGGUUUUCAACUUUGCUCUCCUCUUGAUUGGGUAUUACAUAUGGGACACUGCCAAUUCUCAGAAGAACCGUUUCCGAAUGUCCCAAAGUGGAACGUAUAUCCCCCGUAAUACCUUCCCCCAACUACCAUGGGGCACCUUGCAUAACCCUACCUAUAUUAAAACGGAGCAUGGAAGUUUGCUUCUCACGUCCGGCUGGUGGGGAAUUGCUCGCAAGAUCCACUACACCGCUGACCUGAUGAUGGCGUUGAGCUGGGGACUCAUCUGCGGAACAGGAAGUUUGAUACCAUAUUUCUACCCCGUAUUUUUCUUAAUUGUCUUGGUUCACCGCGUUACUAGAGAUAUGGAAAGGUGUAGUAUAAAGUAUGGAAAGGACUGGGAGACUUACUGUCAAAAGGUGCGGUGGAUUUUCGUGCCGUAUAUAUGGUAAAACGUCAAACCCUUUUGUAAAAAUGUCAAAGAGCCGUAUAAAUACGCAAAUCUUUAUAAUCUCCUGGUUGCUUAUACAUAAUGAAUAUUUUGAAA